AUGAAGAGUGAGAGUCUGUUCUGUUGCUUCAAAGGAAAGCAAGCUCAAUGCAAAAAAGGAGGCAAGAGAGAGCAAAACAAAGAGUACAGAAGCCAAAGGACCAGUUGCUGCAAUAAUAUUGGGUGGCAGACACUGCCUGACGAUAUCAUGGAGAUUAUUUUAAAGCACUUGAAUUUAAGAGAGCGUAUACGCUUAACAAUCAUCUGCAAGUCUUGGAACUCUCUUGCUAUGCGAAGAGACUUUUCUAAUGCUCCACAACUACCUUGGUUACUGCUCCCUCAGGCCUCCAAUAAGUACUUGAGUUUUUCCAGUGUCUCAGAUGGCAAGUUUCACACAUUGAGGCUACCUAAGCCGGUUCGAGGAGGGCGGGUUUGUGGUUGUUCUAAAGGAUGGUUGGUUAUGAUCAAAGAAAAAGUAUUGAACUCCAAACUGUAUCUCAUAAACCCAAUUUCAAGAGACCAACACCAACUUCCAUCUUUGAGAACAAUUCCAUCUUUCCAUAAGUUUGUAAACACAAACAAGUCGAAACGUGGCGGUGCCUUGCUUUUCUGUACUUUAUUCGCGUUAUCUACGUCGGAUGUUAAAUCAAAGAACUGUAUUGUUGCAGCAGUUUUUGAUGAGUUGACGUUGGGUUUAUGCAGACCUGGAGACAAAACAUGGAGUGUCUUCCAUGUAUUAGAUGAAAACGAACAUCUUACUACAAUAUUGUUUUCUUCUUCCGGUAUGCUAUACGCCUUGGUUUCUUCUUCCGGUAAGAAUGGCAUCGUUGUUGCGUCUCACAGCUUAAACUUUGGAGAUGAUACAGUGAAAAUUAAAUUGGUCUAUGACAAAAUAGAAAGCAGAAGGGAUUUAAAUACAAGCAUUGAGUAUCGUGAUGGCUACCAGAUCGUGUUGAAAGGAAUGUACACCUAUCAUUUGUUACAAUCAGCAACAAAUAAUGAAGUCUUCGUGAUCCAUCAAAUACAAGAUUGCUUUUCAAGAAGGGAUGGUGAUUUCGAGGAGGAGGACGAGAAUGAGGAGGAAGGGACUGAUGAUGAGGAUGAGGACGAGGACGAGGAAGAGAUUGAUGAUGAGGAAGGGACUGAUGAUGAGGAUGAGGACGAGGACGAGGAAGAGAUUGAUGAUGAGGAAGAGACUGAUAAUGAGGAUGAGGGUGAUGAGGAAGAGGAGGAAGAUAACAAUAACGAUGAUCAAGAUGAAGAAGUUAAUAAUGAUGAAUUUCACCACACCGAUAUUGCUUCUGAAGAUGCAUCUGGCCUUAAACCAUAUUUGAGGACAAGUGAGUUUAGAGUAUACAAGCUUGACCAAGAGAAUGGCAACUUUGACAGGGUACAAUGUUUGGGGGACAACCAACUAUUCUUUUGCUCUGAUGCUGAAUGCGUGUCCCUGCAUCCAGCUAGUAAUAUCCAAGGGUUUGACGGAAAUUGCAUUUAUUUUGCAACAAACGCCAUAUGGAGGUUACAUUCUUUAGAAUAUACAUCUCGUGAGAUUGGUGUAUUCUACCUAGAUUCUAGGAGAAUUGAGCGACCCUUUCCAAGUAUUAAUUUGUCAGUACUGACCAAACUCACUUGGUUAACUCCAAGUUUAUAG